UACAACCAAAAUCCAAUAAUCAGAAGAAUGGACCCCAGCCAGUCUUUCUAUCAGCCUCCAGGGGCCUACAAUUCAUCUGAGAAAUCAGUUAUGUUGCAGUCAGCUGCAGCACCACCAGCAUACCAGGACAAUCCUGCUGGAUAUCCUCCUUCCAUUCCAAGCCAGCCGGUCCCCCAGGGCCCCUACGUCCAGGGGCCGUAUCCAGGACAAACUGUGGUUGCUGUUCAGCCUGCAGUUUUUGUGACUGCCGCUCCACUGGCCAAUCCAGCGCCAGAUUACCUGGGUUAUUCCAUCUUUACCAUGCUGUGCUGCUGUUUUCCUCUGGGCAUUGCUGCGCUGGUUUACUCCUGCUCUACUCGAGAUGCCAACUACUCAGGAUGGCGAGAAUUAGCAGAGAAGAACUCAAAAACGGCACGCACCCUGAAUCAUGUCGCUGUUGCUCUUGGCCUCAUUAUCAUUGUAGUGUAUAUUAUCUAUUACUUUGUGUUGAUUAACAAUAUGAAUCAGCGUAAUUAA